AUGGCUCUUUGUGCGCAACCGCGGCGAAAACCCCAGGGGAUUGAGAACCUCCUCGCGUACACGUUGGCAAAGACAUCAUCAUUCCUGGACUUUGGAGAGGUUCUGAAUUUUGCUCAAGUUAGCCGCAGAUUGAAUGAUGUCGUCAAGCCUCAUGAAUGGGUCCCACUGCACACGCGACAUCAAUUCCUUACCGAGAAAUGGACGAACCGGACUCAGAACAUGGGUAUCUUCCCGGCCACCGAGUUGCUCUGUUUUGAAUGCUUCAAGAUUCGACCCGUUUUUAGUUUCACGCACCAAUAUCGCCGUAGGGCUCGAGACUCCCCCGAGGAAAUUUGGACAACGUGUUGUUGA